AACACGAAUACUAGGAAAUAAUAUGACCAAUUAAACUAGUUUUACUUAGUUUUCCGGAAGUGACUAGCUAUUAUGUGAUAUUCAAACUGGACAGUCUAGGAAUUUUUUUUGCUGUAAUUUGGUAUUAUUUUAAAAGGGAAUAGGGACAUGAAACAAUCUUGUGGCAAUCGUGCAAUGCGCGAUGUUCCCGACAAGUGGAUUUCUGAAGGUGUAUGUAAUAUAAAUCCGGGUUGUCGGCUUUUUGAGACAUUUUACACCUUUGAUUCUUUGACUUACGUCACGUGUACUUCAUAACGCAUGCACAAAAAAUUUCGUGAAUAUUUUUCGCCCAUCAGAAACGCUGUUAUUUGUCGACGACAGGCAACGAUCGCUCUCGUACAAUGGAGCAAAUCAUAUGUGGAAGAUUCGGCCAUAGCAUUUUACUAAUCUCCAGGCAUCCAGUAACAAUCGUUAGUACGCGAAAAUUAAUGUCCGGAAAAUUUAAUAGAAACUGCAGACCAUUGUUAGCAUCGCCACAACUAAGAUACUUUGCAAAUCCACAUCGUGGAUAUGUGAUGAUAGUAACAAGGAUUUUAAGGGGUGCGUUAAAGAUUCGAUACCUUCUUUUAGGAGGUGCAGUCGGCGGUGGCGUUACUCUGCAGAAGAAAUAUGAACAAUGGAAGGAAGGAUUACCCGAUAUGAAAUGGAUAGAAACUCUGAUGCCCAAUGAAAAACAAUGGCAAGAUUUUCGUGAAUCGCUUUUGACGCUUAAGACUAAUGUUGCCGAUAAAAUUGAGAUCGAUCCGCGUAUAAGGGAAUUUGGAUUAUCUAAAUAUCAGGAAUAUAGAAAUUGGUUUGAUCAAAGACUAGAUAACGCUAUUAAGGCAGCAGAAAGCCAUCAGGAUAAUUAUCAAGAGAAUAAUUCGCAGAGUGCAUUUGAUACUAUCUCGAUGGUAGCUAAACAAACUUAUUCAGCAGACACAAAAGAGCAGUUGUCUAAAAAUGUGGUUGCAUUUGCACGUCCAUUGGCUAGUGAUAAUAUUGAAGAGGAACGUAAGAAAGCUCAAUCUUCACAGCAAAGAAUGAAUGCUAUGCAAGACGAGUUGAUGCAGAUGCAAUUAAAAUAUCAACGUGAAAUAGAGAGACUGGAAAGAGAGAACAAAGAAUUACGCAAACAGAUACUUUUACGGGGAAGCCAGAAGUUUAACAAUAAAAAAAUCAAGAAAUCAUUAAUUGACAUGUAUAGCGAUGUCUUGGAUGAGCUUAGUGAUUAUGAUAGUGCCUAUUCUACUGCUGAUCAUUUACCUAGAGUAGUAGUUGUUGGUGAUCAAAGCUCCGGGAAAACAUCCGUGCUCGAAAUGAUUGCUCAAGCGAGGAUAUUCCCAAGAGGCGGUGGUGAAAUGAUGACGAGAGCACCAGUUAAAGUCACAUUAAGUGAAGGUCCUUAUCACAUAGCACAAUUCAAAGACAGUUCCAGAGAAUUCGACCUCACGAAAGAAUCGGAAUUAGCUGAGCUCAGACGGGAAGUAGAACUGCGAAUGAAGAAUAGUGUUAAGAAUGGAAAGACAGUCAGUCCGGACGUCAUUUCUAUGACGGUGAAAGGACCGGGUCUUCAACGUAUGGUUCUAGUCGAUUUACCUGGUAUUAUUAGCACAGUGACUGUUGAUAUGGCAGAAGAUACUCGCGAGGCGAUCAAACAAAUGAGCCAGCAGUAUAUGAGUAAUCCUAACGCGAUUAUUCUCUGUAUACAAGAUGGCUCCGUCGAUGCGGAAAGGAGUAACGUGACUGAUCUCGUGGCUCAAAUGGAUCCGUCAGGCAAAAGAACGAUCUUUGUUUUGACGAAAGUCGACAUGGCGGAAGAGAAUUUAACAAAUCCCGAAAGAUUGCGUAAAAUAUUAUCUGGCAAACUAUUUCCAAUGAAGGCGUUAGGCUAUUUUGCCGUAGUCACUGGCCGUGGCAGACAGGAUGACAGUAUACAAACGAUUAAAGAUUACGAGGAGAAAUUCUUUCGCAAUUCUAAACUUUUCAAAGAUGGUUUAGCGAUGUCUGGUCAAGUGACUACCAAAAAUUUGAGCUUGGCGGUAGCCGAAUGCUUUUGGAAAAUGGUUCGCGAAACGGUAGAACAACAAGCGGAUGCAUUCAAAGCCACGAGAUUCAAUUUGGAAACAGAAUGGAAGAAUAAUUUUCCGAGAUUGAGGGAGCUGGACAGAGACGAGCUUUUCGAAAAAGCGCGAGGUGAAAUUUUGGACGAGAUAGUUAACUUAUCCCAAGUAUCGCCGAGACAGUGGGAGGAAGUGCUAAUGGCUCGAAAUUGGGAUAAAGUCAGCAUGCAUGUUUUCGAGAACAUCUAUCUGCCUGCUGCUCAAAGCGGAAAUCCAAAUACAUUUAAUACUACUGUUGACAUUAAGCUCAGGCAUUGGGCAGAACAGCAACUGCCUGCGCGUAGUGUUGAAAGUGGAUGGGAAUGUUUGCAGCAGGAAUUCCAGAAUUUUAUGACGCGGGCUCGGCUUAGUCCGGAUCACGAUGAUAUCUUCGACAACCUUAAGAAUGCCGUUGUGAGUGAGGCAAUGAGGCGUCAUUCAUGGGAAGAGAAGGCAUCAGAAAUGCUACGUGUUAUUCAACUUAACAUUCUGGAAGACAGAAGCGUGAAUGACAAACGUGAAUGGGACCAAGCGGUACGUUUUCUAGAAACUUCGGUUAAGGAAAAAUUACAAAACACAGAACAAAUUUUGCGCGAUAUGUUGGGUCCUAAUCGCAAGGAACGGUGGCUGUAUUGGCAUUGUCAAACCGAGGAGCAACAGAAACGUACGGCAGUUAAGAAUGAGCUAGAUAAAAUUCUUUACGCUGACAAGACACUUACCUUACAGAAACACACACCUACUCUAACGCACGACGAGCUCACAGCUGUUAGGAAGAAUUUACAAAGAAACGGAUUAGAAGUCGAUAAUGAAUUCAUUCGAGAAACGUGGCAUCCUGUAUAUAGGAGAUUUUUCUUACAACAAAGUCUAGCGAGAGCAUACGAUUGCAGGAAAGGGUAUUAUUUAUAUCAUACUGGACACGAAAGCGAAAUGGAAUGCAAUGACGUAGUGCUCUUUUGGCGAAUUCAGCAAAUGCUGAAAGGCACUGCGAAUGCGCUCAGGCAACAAAUCAUGAAUAGAGAAGCUCGAAGAUUGGAAAAGGAAAUUAAGGAAGUUCUUGAGGAUUAUAGUCAAGAUAACGAAAUCAAGCAAAAGUUGCUUACAGGCAGACGAGUUGUAUUAGCAGAAGAACUCAAACGGGUCAGGCAAAUUCAGGAGAAACUAGAAGAAUUUAUUCAAGCGCUAAAUAAAGAAAAAUGAACGUGUCGUAAAGGAAAUAUUAAAAUUGAGUACUAUAUUGCCCACAGAGCGAAUCUUUGAUGUGAUUCGCGAGAUUGAACGGAGAUAAAUGAAUAUUUAAAGAUUAAUGUCUCGAGAAAAACCGGAGAUACACAUUGCAGAUUUCUAUACUUUGAUUCGGGAAACGAUCGGCGAUUGAAGUACCGAAUUCACGACUCGUUGGGCAGAUUAAUGCAGAUGUGUAAUGUCUCACGUAAGCGACUGCCUAUGCUGUUAGUAACUUUAUAUAACAUAAAUUAUAAUAAACUGCAAUCUGAUACGAUUUAGAUGUAAAUAUGUGAUAUGUGAUUGAAACAUAAAAGAAUCUUAUUUAUAUGUACUAGGAUUCUUAAAAUAUACUGAAUAAUAAUAUUAUAGUUGUUGGCUAAACUAUCAUGUUGAUACAAAAGUGCAAUAGUACAAUAUUAUCAUGUUAUGAUAAUAAAUCUACGGUAUUAUGAGCGAUAAUGAUGAUAAAAAAACGAGACUGUUAUUAGAUAGAAUUUGCGAAUAUAAAAUAAAUGCAAAAAUUAUAGAAAAUGUACAAAAUGCUUCGAAGGAACUAGUAAAAUAUUCAUGUAUCUGACAAGUCAGUUAAUGACUAAUAUAAAAAUUUCUCUAAUAGAAAAUUCAGGUACAUUUGAUGUUACCAUUUUGUUUUAUGCUAAAAAGAAAAAAAUUAUGACUUUUUUAUUAUUGUAUUAUUCUAACAAAUUUAUCAUCGAAUUUACAUUCGGAAAACAUUCUUUUCUUGGGAAUAGUUAUAUGAAUAUGUCUCGUAAGAAGCUUAUAUUUUUGGCAGCUAUAAGUAUCUUUUUAGACACACAAUAAGUGUUUAAUAAACUUGUCCAAAAGAAUAAAAAAUUAAAAUAUUUCAUCAUUA